CAUUCAGUCGUGCACCGGUGCCCAUGGCGGUUGUUCGUCGGGAGCUGUCCUGUGAAAGUUACCCGAUCGAGCUGCGCUGUCCCGGGACGGACGUCAUCAUGAUCGAGAGUGCAAAUUACGGCCGAACUGAUGACAAAAUCUGUGAUGCUGACCCCGCUCAGAUGGAGAACACACGCUGUUAUUUACCUGAUGCGUACAAGAUCAUGAGCCAGAGUAUCCACGUCCUUCGGUCUCUCCAGAGAUGUGGUGAUUACAUCAUGGCUGUGGGUCAGCAGGGCACAGAAGGAAUUUAACUCCAGCGAGGCUGAUGUGAUUUAUUGAAACCGUGUUUGCGUUUGUGUGGAUAAAAUGCGACUGAUACGGCGCAGAACCUCCUGCAGGCCGACAGGACACAGCUGGGUGCUGUCGAAGCAUUUCAUUGGUCGAUGAGGAUUGAUGGCUCGUGAGAUUGGCUGUCCUGUGGAGUUACUGUAAGCUGUUAGUGUGUUUCUCCUCUUAUAUAUUCUCUUGGAAACACUAGGUUUCUCUCUCUCUCUCUCUAUAUAUAUAUAUAUAUAUAUUACUGUAAGUUAAUAUAAAUAUAAGUUGUGAAGUAGGGUACAACGAGACUAAGUUAUUUAGUAAAUAACUUAGUUAUUUAGUUAAUGUUUGUUGUAACAUUGUAUUGUAAUAAAUAAACCACUCCAAUUUUAUAUGCAAGUGCAAUUUCACAAUUAUCAAUUCCAGUUUCAAUUAGAACAAAUUACAAGCAAUAGCACAAAUCAAAAUAAUAGAAUAGAAGGUUUUAAAUGGAAUAAGCAGUGCUUUAAGUCUUUCAGCUCAGUCUAACAGUAGUAUUCAGGUACAGAAAUUAAAUAAUCAUAUAUAAAAUGACACUAGUUUUCACUGUAUAAAUUAUAGAUUAAUCCUUGUUAAAGGUACAAAAGUUAUUCAGUAAUGAAUUUAUUGCUGAUGGUUUGUUAAUUUAAUUAUAGGAGCAUAUUGUAAAUUGUUAGCGUUUUCUCUGUGUUCUGUUUUUUGUACUUUGCGUGGUUUAGACCGAUCGCUCUAGCAGACACACUCGAGUCAUGGAAAUAACACAUGUUCACGUCUAACUGUGAGGUCUGUCAGUACUGUUCCUGUUAAUAAUCUCAGACCUGUUUCUACAAAUUUCAUAAUAGUCAAGGAACCGUUAUUCACAGCAGAUGAAAUGUAAUCCAUCAAAACAAGCUUUUAAUGUCGGCUUGACAAAGGUAUUGGAACAGAUGGAAGUCUAACAUACUGUGACUAGAUUGAAGACUUAAAAGAGUUUAAAUCAGUAGAGAUGAAGACAAGGUGCUGAGGUGCUCUUAGUAGUUGCUAGGUAGUAACUAAUUUGUUUGCAAGAGUAUUGAGUGCAACAGUCAGAUCCUGAAAGAGUAAAUCCAAUCCUUUUUAAUUGAUUGACUGAAGAAUUGAUUUUCAAUGAUAAUUUAUAAACUUUUAAAGACAGACACACUGUGAACUAGGAGGUUGUUAGCCAUCAAUAUGCAUUAUUUCAGCAUAACAUAUAUUCAUAAAAAAAAAUAAAAUAAAAAAAAAACACUUAUUCCAACCUAUUCUAAAGAGUAAAUACAUUUAA